AUUGGCGCUGACGUCAUUGAAGCGCCUGGGAAAGUGGAGCUGGUGGUGCUGGCAAGAGCGGAAAAAAUAAGAAACGGGAAUGAAACAGACCACUUCCACUUACCAGAUAUAAUUGGAAUUAUUAACGGUCCCCUGGCAAAUCUGGGUGACUAGCAACGUUGUAACCGGGUUUGGACGAGACUCAUCCUGGACGGUAAGCUAAAUGACUAGGCAUUGAGAUUUUCAGCAUUGCAGAUAAUGGAUUACUUAUGAACUGGUCUUCAACGUUCAGCUGCACCUGCCCUGUUCAAUACACACACAUUUAAAAAUCAACUUUGGCAAACUUUUUACCUUGUUUGACACCAAACCAAAACAACCAAUGUCAUUUUAUAACAUCAAAAAAAGAUUGUUACAGUGUAUCAGUUGACUUGUAUAAAUUAUGAAACAUUACAAUAUAACAGUGAUCAUUUUUAGAAAAAAACAAACAUUUGGAUUUUAAAAAACAAAACAAAAAAACAAAAAACAAAAAAAAAUAACAAAACAAAAAAAUCUACUCUAUUAUACUCUAUUAACAACCAUGUACAGCAGUGGCCGGUCAGUGGGUAAGAUGGAUGGGAGCGGAAACAAUCGGAGCCCUGGCCGCUCCCCCAGGCUGCCGCGGUCUCCGCGAUUGGGCCACCGACGAACCAAUAGCACCGGCGGGAGCUCGGGUAGCGGUGUGGGUGGAGGGAGUGGGAAGACGCUGUCCAUGGAGAACAUCCAAUCGUUGAACGCUGCCUACGCCACCUCAGGCCCCAUGUACCUGAGUGACCACGAGAGCGUGGGGUCCGACCAGCCCAGGAGCACCAUGACGCUGGGUCGCUCUGGGGGCCGGCUGCCUUACGGGGUGCGCAUGACCACUGUGGGGAGCAGCCCCAACAUCACGGCCGCCAGCGGCCCGGGAGGACCUUCACACAGCGGGGUAGCCAGCGACACCAUCGCCUUUGGGGACCACCACCUGCCAGCCGUCAGCAUGGCUUCCACGGUGCCCCACUCCCUGCGCCAGGCCCGGGACAACACCAUCAUGGACCUGCAGGUCCAGCUGAAAGAGGUGCUGCGGGAGAACGAGCUGCUGCGCAAGGACAUGGAGGUUAAGGAGAGCAAGCUCAGCUCCUCCAUGAACAGCAUCAAGACCUUCUGGAGCCCCGAGCUGAAGAAGGAGCGUGCCCUGCGCAAGGAUGAGGUCACCAAGAUCACCAUCUGGAAGGAGCAGUUCAGGGUAAUGCAGGAGGAAAGCCAGCACCUGCAGGUGACGAUCCAGGCCCUGCAGGAUGAGCUGCGGAUCCAGAGAGACCUGAACCAGCUCUUCCAGCAGGACAGCUGCAGCCGUCCCAGCCAGCCCCUGGCCUUGGAGCUGACUGAGGAGAACUUCCAGCGGCUGUACUCUGAGCGUGAGCGGCAGGCCAAGGAGCUCUUCCUGCUGCGCAAGACCGUGGAGGAGAUGGAGCUGCGCAUCGACACCCAGAAGCAGACGUUGGGUGCCCGUGACGAGUCCAUCAAGAAGCUGCUGGAGAUGCUGCAGAGCAAGGGGCUGUCGGCCAAGGCGAGCGAGGAAGACCACGAGCGCACACGCCGCCUGGCCGAGGCAGAGAUGCACGUCCACCACCUGGACAGCCUGCUGGACCAGAAGGAGAAGGAGAAUGGCGCCCUCCGCGAGGAGAUCCAUCGCCGGUAUGAAGGGGCCCCCGAGUCUGCCAAGACCAAGGCUCUGCAAACCGUCAUCGAAAUGAAGGACACUAAGAUCGGCUCCCUGGAGCGCGGGCUUCUGAACCUGGAAGAGGAGGUGCACAUGCUCAAGUCAAACGGAGCUGUCAGCACUGAAGAGCGGGAGGAAGAAAUGAAGCAGAUGGAGGUCUAUCGCAGCCAUUCCAAGUUCAUGAAGAAUAAGGUAGAGCAGCUGAAGGAGGAGCUACACCAGAAUGAGGUCCAGAGGGAGGAGCUGAGAAAGCAGGCGGCUUGCCACCAGCUUGAGAUUGACCAGGUUAAGCAGGAUCUGUCUCGGAGGGACACGGAGCUGCUGGCCAUGCAGACCAAGCUGGAGACCCUGACCAACCAGUUCUCAGACAGCAAGCAACACAUUGAGGUCCUGAAGGAGUCCCUGACUGCCAAGGAGCAGAGAUCAGCCAUUCUCCAGACAGAGGUGGACGCCUUGCGUCUGCGUCUUGAGGAGAAGGAGACGAUGCUGAGCAAGAAGAGCAAGCAGAUCCAGGAGAUGAACGAGGAGAAGGGCACUCUCAACGGGGAGAUCCACGACCUGAAGGACAUGCUGGAUGUGAAAGAGCGUAAGGUCAACGUCCUGCAGAAGAAGAUCGAGAACUUGCAGGAGCAGCUCCGGGACAAAGAGAAGCAGAUGGCCAGCCUGAAAGAGCGGGUGAAGUCUCUGCAGACCGACACCUCGAACACGGACACUGCUCUGACCACGCUGGAGGAGGCUCUGGCUGAGAAGGAACGCAUCAUUGAGAGGCUGAAGGAGCACAGGGACCGGGACGAGCGUGAGAAGACAGAGGAGAUCGACAGCAACAAGAAGGAGCUCAAAGAACUGAAGGAGAAGGUCAGCCAGCUGCAAGGAGACCUCUCCGACAAAGAGACUUCUCUUCUGGACCUGAAGGAGCACGCCUCGUCCCUGGCUUCUUCUGGCCUCAAGAAGGACUCCAAGUUGAAGAGUCUGGAGAUAGCGCUGGAUCAGAAGAAAGAGGAAAUCCUCAAACUGGAAACACAACUUAAAAAGCACACUGAGCUCUUGUCAGGCCAUCCAUCCAAACUCGCCCUCGAGUCUGCUAUGGAGGCGCGGAUGAGCACAGAGUUGUCCGAUCGGAUCCAGGGCUUGGAGAGGGAGGUGGCACGGCACAGGGACGAGGCCAGCAAGGCACAGGCAGAGGUGGACCGCCUGCUGGAGAUCCUGCGGGAGAUGGAGAAUGAGAAGAAUGACAAGGACAAGAAAAUCAUUGAGCUGGAGAGCUUGGCUUCAAGGCAGAUGAAGGACCAGAGCAAGAAGGUGGCUAACCUGAAGCACAAGGAGCAGGUAGAGAAGAAGAAGAACGCUCAGCUGAUGGAAGAGGCCCGCAAGAGGGAGGACAACAUUAAUGAGAGCUCCCAGCAACUCCAGGACUCCCUGCGUCAGAAGGACGAUCGUAUUGAGGAGCUGGAGGAGGCUCUGAGGGAGAGCGUGCAGAUCACUGCAGAGCGAGAGAUGGUGCUGGCCCAGGAGGAAUCGGGCCGCUCACAUGCAGAAAAGCAGCACUUAUAUGAACAAAUGCAUGACUCCAACCACGCUGGCUUUAAGUGGUUCAAGAUGGAGGAGCUGAUGGCCGCCAUGGAGAAGGUGAAGCAGGAGCUGGAGUCCAUGAAAGCCAAGCUAUCGUCCACGCAGCAGUCCCUGGCAGAGAAGGAGGCUCACCUGACCACCCUCCGUGCAGAGCGCAGGAAACACCUGGAGGAGGUGCUGGAGAUGAAACAAGAGGCGCUGCUGGCGGCAAUCAGCGAGAAGGACGCCAACAUCGCACUGCUGGAGCUCUCCUCCUCCAAGAAGAAGAAGACGCAGGAUGAGGUCACCUCGCUCAAGAGGGAGAAGGACCGCCUGGUGCAGCAGCUCAAACAGCAGACACAGAACCGGAUGAAACUGAUGGCUGAUAACUACGAGGACGACCACCUGAAAAGCUCUCAGCGUGCCGACCAGACCAACCAUAAGCCCUCCCCAGACCAGAUUAUCCCCCCUCUUUUAGACCUCAACCAGAACCGCAGCAAACUGAAGCUGUACAUCGGACACCUGACCGCACUUUGCCAAGACCGGGACCCCCAGAUUCUCCAAGGGAUAGCCCCACCCACUUCAUAUCACCACGACGACCGAGCAGCUUGGGAGGAGGAGCUGCAGAAGAUGAGCUUGGAGCAGCUGGAGGCAGAGCUGGAGAAAUGCGAGAAGGAAAGCGCGGAACUCCAGGAAUACGCCAACACAGUCCUCCAACAGAUAGCCGAUCACUGUCCUGACAUCCUGGAACAAGUCGUCAACGCGCUGGAAGAGUCUUCGUGACGGGAAGAAAGAAGGGGACUUUCAUCUACUCCCUCGCUCUGCAAAAUCCCUCAAGUCUCAGGUCCACUCUGACGACUCAGUCCGUUAUCUGCGUGUGUGGGAGAGAUUAAGGGACAGCUCUGACUGCUACCCUAGUCACUCAGCACAGCAACAUCUGUUAUGUAAAACACCCUUUAUUUGGGACUGGAAAACUGCCUCCCCCUCCAUCCCCAGCGUUUCUGGUGUUAUUUCAGCCUUCGUUUUAUCUGUGAAAUCAGUGUUUUGUGAUUUGCAGUGUUUAUAGAAAGAAAGAAAAAAAUAGCAUAAAGUAGUUUUGAAAGUCCCCUUCAUUAGUACAAUGAUUUAUUCCCAUGUCGCAGGAUAGAGACAAUGGUUUCUAUUGUUGAAGCAAAAAUAAUAAAUACAUUUAACAUUAAAAAAAACUAAAAAAAACAUUUAGCAACUGCAAGCACCUUGUCUGGUCUUUGACGACUGGGUGAGGAGGAAAGUAUUAUUUAAUGUAAUAUAUUAUAAAUUGGGUAUUCUCAGAUUACAAAACUGACUUAGUACUGUACAGCUACGACCAAACGUUUUGCAUCACCCUAUGGAAUUAACACAUUUUGCUUCAUAAAGUCAAAUGAAACCUGCUGAAUAAUGUUACCUUAGCAUAUUGAAUUACAUACUGCUUUGUAGUUUUCCAUGUACUUCACGAUAAACUGAUAAAAAUUUAAAGAAUUGGCAUUUUCAAAUCUAACUACUAGUAUGGCUUCUUUUUGCGUUAUCAUUUUGUUGUUUCUUUGAUGUUAAAUAAAAAUAUCUA